UUCACCCAGCGUUAGCUUGCUCCUCCGGUGGUGUUUUGGUCCAGUUGGCGCUGCUCCUCACUCGCCAAGAUGACAGCGAGGAAGUCUGGUUCACGACUGGAGAUAGAGAUAGAGCGAUGCCGCUCGGAGGCCCAGUGGGACAAGAUUCCAGAGUUGGUGCGACAGCUCUCGGCUAAGCUGAUAUCUAACGAUGACCUGGGCGAGCUGCUGUUGGGUGAAUGUAAGCUGCAGACGUACCUGAAGGAGAAUCCCAUCAAGCAAGGUACAAGUCCCAGGGUCCAACGGCCAAAACUGCUGGAGGUCAGGAAGCAUCUCACUGCUGCUCUGGACAGAGGAAACCUGAAGCCGGAUUACAUCCAGGAAGCUAGCCUGUUAAUGGCCAAACUGUGCUAUGUGGAGGGAGAAUACAAAGAUGCUUUAGGGCACUACAGCAAGGUGAACCUGGACGACAUGCAGCUGGCUGGAGCUCCUGUGUACAGGCUGUCUAUGAUAGCAGAGUCUUAUGCGACUAAAGGUUUGUGCCUAGAGAAAGUCCCAGCUGCUUCACCGUCUCUAUCCAAUAAGAACGCCGGGUCUCCGGCGUCCAACAGGAGCAUGACCGAGCGGGAGCAGGAGAUCAUCACCUGCUACGAAAAGUCUGGAGACAUUGCUUUGCUCUAUCUGCAGGAGGCCGAGAAGGCGUUGUCAGCAGGGAUUCAGAACCGCAGUCCAAAGCCUGGCCCGACAGCUCAGGACCAGGAGCUGGGCUACUUCCUAGAGACGGGCCUUCAGAGAGCCCAUGUCAUCCACUUCAAGAAUGGCAACCUGACACAAGGUGUGGGCAGGUUUCGAGAGAUUCUUCGGGCUAUUGAGACCAGAACCACCCAGAACCUACGAAUGACCAUAGCCAGACAGCUUGCAGAGAUCUUGCUCAGAGGAAUGUGCGAACAGAGUUACUGGUCUCCUCUUGAAGACCCACCCGUUGUGUCGCCCCUGGACGAUCCGACACGCCAAGGACACACUCAUAGCAAGAGCUACAGCCUAAGCCGACGCCCACGAGUGUACUCGGGAGAGAAUCUGUUUUGCCCUCAGGAGAACACAGAAGAAGCAUUGCUGCUGCUGCUCAUCAGUGAAUCCAUGGCCAACCGUGAUGCCGUCCUAAGCAGAAUUCCUGAACACAACAACGAUCGGAUCAUCAGUCUGCAGUCGGCCUCGGUGGUGUAUGACCUGCUGACCAUAGCUUUGGGCAGGAGAGGGCAGUAUGAGAUGUUGUCAGAGUGUUUGGAGAGAGCCAUGAAGUUCGCCUUUGAGGAGUUCCACUUGUGGUAUCAGCUCGCCUUGUCGCUGAUGGCAGCAGGCAAAUCAGCUCGUGCCGUUAAGGUUCUCAAGGAGUGUAUCCGCCUGAAGCCCAAUGACCCCACCAUCCCGCUGCUGGCCGUAAAGCUGUGCAUCGGACCUCUCCACUGGCUGGAUGAAGGAGAGUGCUUUGCAAAGAUGGUGAUUGACAUGGGAGAGAAAGCAGCUGAAUUCAGAGCCAAAGGCUACUUGGCUAUAGGUUUGGUUUACAGCCUCAAAGCCACUGAUGCGUCAUUGCGGAGCACACAGGAGGAAUACCAGAGGAAAGCUUUGGGAGCCUUCCAGAGAGCUCAGAGUCUGUCUCCAACUGACCAUUUGGCAGCCUUCUACUUGGCGCUGCAGCUUGCCGUGUCCAGACAGAUCCCCGAGGCGCUAGGCUAUGUUCGACAGGCACUGCAGCUUCAAGGAGAUGACGUCCACUCCCUUCACCUGCUGGCCCUGCUUCUCUCUGCCCAGAAACACUACCACGAUGCUCUCAAUAUCAUAGAGAUGGCUCUCUCCGAGUACCCUGAAAACUUCAAUCUGUUGUAUACCAAGGUGAAGCUGGAGGCUAUGUGUAGAGGACCCGAAGAAGCUCUGCUCACCUGUAAACACAUGCUGCAGAUCUGGAAGAGCUUUUACAACCUUACCAACCCAAGUCUGUGGAGUGACUUCUUUGUGAAGAACUUGGGAAUUUUCUGCAAAUAUCCAAAGGAUGUGGCAUUUACGCCCGCUCCCGAGUGCCGCUCCCAGUGCCAACAUGAUUCGGGGCGUGGCAGCAGUCUGUUGGAUAGAGCCAUAGCAGACAGGCGACAGCUCAACGCUAUGACCUUGCCUGACUUCAGUGACCCUGAGACUGGCGGCCUUCAGGACGCUAACACACUUGGUUUUUCCUCCAUGUUUUCUGUUUGUUCGGUGCACGCUACCUCAAUAGCAGCCAGUCGUGUGGAGCAGGCUCUAUCCGAAGUCGCCUCCUCUUUGCAGAGCAGUGCCCCCAAACAUGGACCCCUGCACCCCUGGAUGACCCUGGCUCAGAUCUGGCUCCAUGCAGCUGAGGUGUACAUCGGCAUGUCAAAACCUGCUGAGGCCACGGCUUGCACGCAGGAAGCCGCCAACCUCUUCCCCACGUCCCACAACGUCCUCUACAUGAGGGGGCAGAUAGCCGAGCUGAGGGGCAACAUGGACGAAGCCAAGCGCUGGUACGAGGAGGCCCUGUCCAUCAACCCGACUCAUGUCAAGACCAUGCAGAGACUGGGUCUGAUCCUGCACCAGCUGCAGCGUUACAGUCUUUCGGAAAAGGUGCUGAGAGACGCCGUGCAGGUGAACAGCACGGCUCACGAUGUGUGGAACAGUCUUGGCGAGGUGUUGCAGGCUCAGGGAAACACCGCCGCCGCCACUGAGUGUUUUCUCACCGCCUUGGAGCUGGAAGCCAGCAGCCCCAUCCUGCCCUUCACCAUCAUUCCCAGAGCGCUAUGAGAAAA